AUGUCUUUAGCUUACGAAAUCUCUCACAUUGAUUUGGAAAAUAAUUCCGGCGAGAGGCAUUACCGUCGAAGUGACGUCAACGAAAUCGGAGAAGACAGUUCUUCUUGUGACUACGACUACGAUUUUCACUCAGCUGUUCGUAGCUUUUGCGGCGAGUUUGAGAUCAAUGAUUUCGACGACCACGACGGAUCGGAAUCAUCAGAACCCUCCGAAUCAAUCGGAGUGUCUCCGGAGAAAGAUUGUCGGAUUUGUCAUUUGGGUUUAGAGAGUAGUCGACAUGAAUGUGGAGAUCCAAUGGUUCUUGGAUGUUCUUGUAAAGAUGAUUUAGGUUGUGUCCAUAAGCAUUGCGCCGAGACUUGGUUCAAGAUCAAGGGUAAUAAGACAUGCGAGAUUUGUCGUUCGAUAGCUCAAAAUUUCUCUAAAGUUGUCAAUGAGAUUGAUCAAACAAGGAUUGAAAGCAAUGUAGAUGACGUAGAAGCCGGAAAUUCAGCUACCGUGGUGGCUAUAAACGAUUCCGAUGACCGGAGAUUUUGGAGAGGAAAUAGAUUUCUAAAUUUCCUUUUAACAUGUAUGGUUUCUGCAUUUGUUAUCUCAUGGUUCUUUCACUUUAACUUGCCUUCACAACAAUGA